CCGACCAACCUGAGUCUCCAAUUGAGUCGGAUAAUCGAUGCUCUACUGUAGUUAAAUUGUGGUUUGAUGUUUUCAACAUGCUGAAAACAAGUGAAAGUGAAUGUCCGAACUUUGAGAAGCUGAUGGAGUUCCUUUUUAGCUUGCUAGGAUCAACAGCUCCAGUUUUUUCUUUGAUGAACUAGGUUUGGCCUUGUGAUCAGAACAAACUUCUAAAUGAAGAUGUUGAAAAUGUUCUACAAAUCAAAGUGAACUUGAAUAUGGACUGCCUCCAGUUUUAUGAAUCGAUUAAAGACAACAUAGCAUUUUUAAAGAUAGUUUAUUCCUCUGAAAAAUAUGAAGAAUUAUUAGAAAUGGUGAUUCAAUAUCAGACGAUAAAGUAUGAAAUUCAAGCAUUAUCACCACUUUCCAAACACAGACUGAAUUUGGUGAAAAGAAAGAUUCUUGUAUUAGAUUUGGAUGAAACAUUAAUUCACUCACAUCAUGAUGGAGUGAUAAGACAAAUGGUAAAACCAGGCACACCUCCUGAUUUUGUUUUAAAAGUGACUAUAGACAGACAUCCAGUUCGAUUUUUUGUGCAUAAAAGGCCACAUGUGGAUUAUUUUCUAGAUAUUGUAAGUCAAUGGUAUGAACUAGUAGUUUUUACUGCUAGUAUGGAAAUAUAUGGUGCUGCAGUUGCUGAUAAAUUAGACAAUAAUAGAGGAAUUUUAAGAAGAAGGUAUUAUAGACAGCAUUGUACAUUUGAUUAUGGGAGUUAUACAAAAGAUCUAUCAGCAAUAACCCAAGAUCUUUCAAGCAUUUUUAUUUUGGAUAAUUCACCUGGUGCCUACAGGGCAUAUCCAGAUAAUGCUAUACCCAUCAAAUCUUGGUUUUCAGAUCCAACUGACACUGCACUUUUAAAUUUAUUACCAGUAUUAGAUGCAUUGAGGUUUACCAGUGAUGUCCGGUCUGUUUUAAGUAGAAAUCUUCAUUUGCACAACAUAUGGUAGUCAAGAAAUGAAUUUAUGCACAAGCAUGUUGUGGCCAUAAAUUAUUCACCCGAAGGUUCCUAGAAGUUUUGGAAAAGAAAAGUUAACCCAUAAAUGGAUUACUCAGUGGUGAUAUCUGAAUAUUUGCCUUUAUACGGCAAUUGAGAUUUUGAAAAUAUGAUUGUUAAAGAAAAUUGGACGAACAGUAUAGACUGCUAUAUGUCACUGCCAAUGUGUCAAUAUUUUUCAGAGACCAUAGAUAUUUGUUUUCUAAUAAAAUGUCAUUCAUUUUCAAAUGAAAUAUUUUAGAAUGAGAAAGAAAGGUGGAACAAGUGAAGUUGGGAUUUAAUAAAUUUAUGUAAAUAAAAAAUGAAGAGAAAAACAUAAAAUGCAUAUGAAAAUUACUUGUAUUAUGUUAUUGCUUGUUAGUAUGAUCUACAGAAAAAGGAUAGUCUUUAUAUUUCCAUAUUUUAUUAUUUUAUUAAAAAACAGUAAAAAAUGAAACAAAAUUGAAUUGCUACU